GCAACAUGAAACAUCUCUACCUGACUAUACUGGAGGACUUUCGCUCCUAUCACGUUACACCUUGGAGCCUGUGCAGGGUCUACCAGCCCAAGGACAGUCUAGUCUUGGUGGGUGGAGACCAGAUCUCUGCCGACUUUAUCCGGCGAUCCCCCAGCCGAGAACUGUGGUUCGGAAACUCUCUGAGGAACUACACAGGCAUUGUGAAGACAGUUGAGUGGAGGUUGCUGGGAGAGAUGCCAAAGCCACCAAGGUUAAGUCACGAGGUGGCUGUGCUCGCAGGGAAGUUGUACGUGCUCGGGGGACAGAAUUAUAAAGGAAUGCUUGCCGUUUUAAACUCAGUCUACAGAUAUAAUCCGCUUCAGGACCGCUGGGAGAGAUUGGCCGACUUGCAGGAGAAAAGGUGUAAUUUUUCUGUGGUUGUUCUGGACGAGAUUAUAUAUGCCAUUGGAGGGUACAUUGAUCCAGAAACUAACCUGGAUAGUGUGGAGCGCUACUGUCCAAAUACAGAUUCUUGGAGCUUUGCCCAACCCUUGGACAUGACCUUGAGUUGCCAUGCUGCCACAUUGUUGGAUGGAGAGAUCUUCAUCUCAGGGGGGUUCGACUGCAGGUACCAGUGUCUGGUGUCCAUGUUCCUGUACCAUCCUGAGAGAGGAACAACCUACCUGGCAGAGAUGAGCCAACCUCGAGCCCAUCACUGCAUGGAGACUUUAAACAAUCAUCUUUAUGUGGCUGGAGGAGUCACUGUUGAUGAAAACAUGACGUCUAUCGACCAGCUGGCCUGUGAGGUCUACGACCCUGUUAGUGACUCCUGGAGUGCCCUCACACCCCUGGCCGUCUCCCAUGUUAGAGCAGCCUCUGUGGUUCUGGAGGGGAAGAUCUAUGUGCUGGGAGGAUACUGCCAAGAGGACUACAGGGAGACCAGACUGGUGCAUCGUUAUGAUCCCACCAACCAACUUUGGGAGAAUAUCGGCGAGAUACCCGGACCUAACACUGACAUAAGAGCCUGUUUGCUCCACCUGCCCAAACACUUGAGACAAUGAAAAAUCACUAUACAUCCCAUAACACCACACUAAAUAUUAUGCCACUACAUGACCUACACCUUACUCCACCCAACUCUUAUAAAUUAUGAAUACUGAGUAUACCAUCCAUCUAGCUAACACCAAGCUAUAUUUUCAGUUUUGCAAAU